AUGGCCGGUCAGUCUGUUUUUGAGCCGUCGUCCAGUUCGAUUUUGACUUCGACUUCGGACGUGGAAGCAGGAGCCACACACACAUCGUCGGAAACAGCGAAUGCCGGCAUACCCGCUGAAACGACAGCGACUUCCACGCCAUUGACUGUUUAUCAAACUUGGACCUCAAUUUCGGCGUCGGCGACCACGACCACGACCGCACAGUCCGCGAACGCCGACUCCGGCGGAUUGUCCAAUACGACCGACUCCACCAAAACCAAGCUGGCCAUUGCACUACCUAUCGCAAUCGUCGGUGUCCUAGCCGUCGUCGCUGUGAUGUUUUUCUACAUGCGCCGAAGACGCCAGCGUAAUGCACCACCUUUGUACGAUGUCACCAUCAGCCAGAGCAAGAGCGUCUCAACGUCCGAGCUCAUGGUCGUUCCCACAAUUGUAACUACCGAGCCCACUCCUCGAUUCUCUGCACUCAGCGUUCUUCCAAACAACCAUAUCCGCGAUUCGAGCUCCAGCUCCCCAAUAGUACGAUCACCAGACGAAGCGAAUAUGGAGCUGGGACUUGCGGUCGCUGUUUCUAUGGAUCAAAGGAUGAGUGCGACGGAGCAGGAUCUGCAUGACAGGACUCAAUCUCCCCUGAAUGAGAACAGCAGGUCUGUUCCGCGCUCCCCAUAUCCGAACCAGCGUGACGAUGAUGCUGUGUCUGUGGUUUCGGGAUUAAAUGAGCGUCGGGCCUACGAGGAGGACUUUGAUGAUAUGUCUUCGGUGUCCUCUUUCAACGAUGACAGUCCUCACGAUGGCCCUCACCGGCAUUCGUUCGAAUGA